UGACUUAUUGUGGCGGUCCAGUCCAGGUGGGGGAAAACAUUGGAAAAAUUAUAUUAGCGCGUUUUGUCGUCUGCUGAAUGCAUUCAACAUGUAAUUAAAGAAAGAAAAACCUGAGAACUUUAAAAGGCCAUAACGGGUCGUAGAAGAAAUUGUUUAACUGAAGUAAAUCUGUCAGAUAAAGGUUUUAGGUAAAUAAAGACACUUUUAUCGACAACGACUUUUCACUUAGAUGUGUUAUAUCUCAAAGACAUUUAGAACGUUUUUAAACUAUCGGAUAAUCAGAAGUGCUUUAAAGCUAAUCUCGCAGGUAAUUUAAAAGAUAACCCGGAGAUAAACACUGGAAUUCAGAGCUCAGUACCGGUAUUCGGAAAUUAUUCAUGUGUUACAAGAAGUGAACUAGAUAACUUAUUACCGACAUAGAAACAACUACAUUUCAGCACUGUAAAUGUGACAUUUCCUUAGACAAUAUUGGAAAUAAAUCAUAUAGUUGAACUGUUAACCUUCAACGAAGUCAUCUGUAAAACAGAACAAAAGUACUUUUAGGAAAAGGUCAUUUAAACACCACAUUUAGAGUAUACCUACGAACAGAAUACCAAACAUUCUGCAGCUGUGUGAUCGUAAGAGACUUUACAAUGUUGUAACUGUACGGGACAUGCCAAACGUUCCUACAGAGUCAUGCCACCUGGACUGAUUGGUUCUGAACUGUCGGCAACACCACCACAGUAUCUACAAUCAACAAUGGAGGAAUCGUCUUUAUUUCCACCCAUUUCAAGAAAAAGUGCCAUAUCUCUUGGAAGUGAAACUGAUCCAAGCGAUUAUAUAAAUCACAGUGCCCGGAAGUCACACACACGUGGGAGUGUUCCGGUGUCACUUUCGAGUACUCCAUUGAAAUUUCCCACAAUCGACCGCGCCAACUCAACAAGCAUUGCUAGUUUACCUGGUUCCCGUUCCACGCGACAUCGAUCAAUGACGAGGGAUCUACGGUCGUCAUACUGCCGGUCACCCAGCUGCCCGUCAAAUUUAAACAUUCGAAGGGAUUUUAAUAACGUAGACGCAAACAUUUUUAACAGAUUAGAAAAUGCGAGUGAAAGUGACUCAAAUGAAUCAACUGGAAGAGAAGAGAAAGGAAGUGUAUUGCCGAGUAUAUUUUCAAAAGACUCUAGUCCACGUGCCGACAAAUCAACUGCGCGUCGAGAUAAGAAAAAGGAUAAAACAAACUCUCUUUCUGUUAAGAGAACAGAAUCUUUUAAGCAUCCAGUCCACCAGGUGGCUGACCAAUCUUACCUACAACAGUCGUUGCCUAACACAAACCGGGAAAUAGAACAACGCCAAGGUCAAGCGACGGCCCUUCUUUUACCUAUUCGCAAUACCACACAAACAAAUAAAAAGAAAAAGAAGCGGCGCUCGCGAAUUUCAUCAGACUCGGAUGCCGACGCGUUAGAGAAUACGCCGCGAAAUUGUGAUUCCGAAAAUAACAAAUCGCGCAUGCGCUAUAGCAGAAAAAGUGAAGACGCGUUAGAUGUAAUUGCACGAGAAAAUGAACUUUAUGAUGAUGAUGAUAUGGAUACACCACGAGCAAUAGAAAUAACAUCGUCGAGGAAAGUAAAACAGUGGAUGAACAGUAAUAAAAAUUCUCACUCAGAGAGUGAAAUCAAAGCAUAAUUUAACUGCCCUUUACUUCUCCUCGUCGUAUGCAUUUUAUAACUUACUAUAAUAAAUUUCAUAUCGUACUUCGAGCUAGACUCUGAUUGAAUAGAUAUCAAUGGCAGGUUGGUGCUAGCGAAAAGUAGUAAAAAUGCAUUCUAUGACAGUUGGACAUAUGCAUAUAUAAAUCAUCUGCAAUUUUGUUUUAAAAAAUGGCGAAUACAUGCAUUCAGAGAGGACGUCUACGAUUUGUGCGUUAAUGUGAAGAAGUGAGUGUAAAUGCCAUACCUAAAAACUAUAUAUUUAUACGUUAACACUUCUCAGAUGAGCAAAAUGCAUGGAAAUAAAGUGAUGUAUUGUACACUGUUCACAGAUAGGACAGCUUUUGUGAUUAGCAAUCCUAGAACUGACCGCUCAUAUUACUUUAAAUCGGCAUAUGUUCCAAACCUUGUCCGUCCAGACAAAUGGAUAUUUGAACUUUUCGCUUUCUAUAACUUAUAAAAGAACUUACACUCAUUGGAACUGGAAUUAAUAGAAAAGUUAAUUUGAAAUGAAGGUAUGGAGAGUACAUAAUGAAAUAUAUACAAGCACGAUCGUGUAUAAAAAGGGAAGGUAACGGUUAAUUACUUCAAACACACACAGAUUAUUUAUACUUCAGCACAAAUUGUGUUUCAUCGCGUUUCAUGCCUUUAUACGAACUUUCUUUGAGGAGAAUGGACACAAACUAAUCAAAAAUGUUGACUUGAAAAAAAAAAUACAAAUUAAGAAAUAGUUAUACAGAUAUUCGCCAAAAGGGCACUUUUCUUUUGCAAGUUAUAUACCAUUCGAGACCAUUUUUAUGCAGUUUCAUAACUUGCAAGAUUAUUUGAAUACAAAUGCAUUACGGUUCGGUCAUUUACAAAAAAAACAAUACAUGGACGAAGAUCAACACAUAGUAAGUUGUGCAGCCGGCAAAGUGCGUGCAUUUAUUUGAUUAUGGUGAAUGUCAUAUGUACAUGUGUAAAGAGAUAUUCUAGUUUUAUUUGAAAAUGAGUUUAUGAGUUUCUUUUCUGUUACAAUUCAGCUUAUCAGUAAAAUCAGUUUUAGAUUUAAGGUGUCCUAUAAAUGUUAUAUAUUGAAUGUUUCUAGUAUUUAUUGGCAUCAUAGGCACAAAAAACAUUCAUGUAUGGAGCUAAAUGUGAACAUAUGUUCUGCUUCAAAGGAACUAAGACUUGCAACAUAUUUCAGUAAAGAAUCAUUUUGACAUAAUUUUGCAAAUUCAGCAAAAUAUCAGCUUUAAGAAACUGAUUUACUUACGAACAAAUACAAAAAUCGUAACCUUAAAUGGACUGUCCGUAACAUUUAUCGGACCGGUCACAACCAGUUCUUGAUUCUUGGUCUUAACUGUCACGUGCUAUUUUGAUCCCGUCUCUUGCUGUCGUCUGGCAAGGUUUCAUCUUCAACUUUCACAUAGCAGUUGUUCUUUCAGAUAAGUUGAACUUUUUAAAAGUACGGCCAUUUGACAUACAUUUACCUUUUCGGAAUGUAUUUUGCUAAUAAUGCUUCUAAAUUUAGAAAUUUUGGCAUUGUUUUUGUAAAACCUAUUGAAAGUGUACUUUUUGUCACCUUUUACACUUACUGACAUAAAAGAUAUUUAAGUUCUGCAGAUCCUAAUAAUUUUCUUGGCCUAUGUCCAUGUAGAUUUGAAAGGAAAAGACAUGUUUCUUUUUGGCCUGACAACCAUUACUUUUUUGUUAUUUAAAAGUGUUUUUUUUUCAUCAAAACUGCAUUCUAGCUGUCGUGGUAUAUUUCUUCAGAAAACGGUUGUUUUAACUGACCUGGACUUAUUAAGCCUUGUCCUGCUAAAUUUCUAUAAUGAACUUGUCCAUCUUUCAAUUUUGGCAGUACCAUUAACUGUUAAAAGGGGUGCAUACUAAAGAGAUACUGACUGAAUGGCGAACAGUGCAGACCAUGAUCAGACUGCACGGAUGUGCAGGCUGAUCUUGGUCUGCACUGAUCGCAAAGGCAAAAUCACUUGCCGCCAGCAUGCUAAGGGUUAAGUAAACGGGCAAAACUUUAUUUAUUUUCUUUUAUGCAGUGGUUUGGCAGACGCGAAACAGAAAGGUUAAUUCUAUUUUGCGUAGUUUGGAUUGUAAAUCUGUUAAAUGCGAUUACAUUAAGAAACAUUGUUUGACAAUAAUAAAUAAUAGAGGAUUGUACAUGAGUCACAACUGUGUAAUUCCUGCAGACGGGUAGUUGGUAUUUAGUUAUACAAGCAGUCGUUGCAAGGACAAGAGGUCAUUUAUAUAUGCACAUUCAGACAUUAAUCAUCUUUCCAAUAAACGUAUCCAAGUAGCAAUACUAUUGGCUGAGUUGUUUGGGUAUCGUUUGAUGCCUAGUCUGCUUAGAGUGAACCGAUCAGAUGAACAAGUUUUGAGUCAGGUUCUAUAAAAAGCUACACCAAUAUUUAUUGUGUUUCUGUUCUGAAAACAGCAACUGCACAUUAUUUGCGUGUAAGUGAACAUCACGUGAUUUCAGAGUCGUAUGCAUUAUACAUAAACGUUUUUUUUCAAUAUAUAGUUGUCUUAUAUAUAUUUUACCUCUUGUAUAUUUUCAUAGAUUCAGUAUUGUUUCGGGAAAAUGACAAAUCUUAUCAUAUUAUAGUAUUAUGUAAAAUAUUGAGUGCAAUUUCUACUUUAUUCUAUUUGUUAUCUAUAUACACUGUAAUGUCUCGUAAGAGAGAUUGAACUUACAGUGAUAAAAAUGUAAUUGUUGUAUAUUAUCGACAACAAAUAUCAUGUAAUGAUAAUGUGUCUUUGGUAUAUAUGUUGAUUGUUUGCAAUAUAAGUCGAAUGUGAUAUACAUGUGAUUCAAUGCAAAAUAAUCAUAAAUAAAUUGCUACACCUAU